AUGCCAGAGGUAGAUUUAGGCCCUCCAACAGACAGGGGCCCCCCUGAGGGGGGCCCCUGGGGGCCCCCUGAACCCUCUUUAGGGGGCCCCCCGAGGGGCCCCCCAGGAGCUGCUGUUGACCUUGACGACUUCCUUAGGGACUACGAUGCCUCUCAGCAGUCUGUUUGGUCUACAGAGGCAGACCUUGAUAUCUCUCCUGUACUACCUUCUAUGCAUGGGGAAGCAGCAGCAGCAACAGCAGCAGCAGCAGCAGCAACAGCAGCAGCAGCAGAAGCAGCAGCAGCAAGAACGGCAGCAACAGAAGCAGCAGCAGCAAGCGCUGGAUCAACCUCAGGGACUGCAUCAACAACAGCAGCAAACCGAGACAAAUCCUGCUGGCCGCUGCUGCAGCGUGAGGGUUUCUCUAAUAGCUCUUCUAUCAGAACCUCUGCGGGGGGCCCCUCAGGGGGCCCCCCCGAGACGUUUACACAGGGGCCCCCUCACCGUUGGGCCCCUACAGGGCUGAGCUGCUGCAAGAAGCUGUCGUUCAACUGGGAAGGAGGUCUAGGGCCCCUUCACUGCGCCAAACGUUUACUAAAUGGUUCUUUCUUUGGGGGGACAUUCCGCGGUGCAUGCAGGGACUUGUAUUCAUCUGCGUCUUUGUCUUAUUUGUUUGUCUUUGUCUUGUUUAUUAACGCCUGGGUCCUUCUCCGCUGGCUCUCUCGUUCACCAGUAGAUAGGCCUCUUGUUGCUGCAGAGGUUUUUGUCUCCUUUAUGCUUAUCUUUGAGGUGUCUCUUCGCUCUCUUGUACUCGGGCCUGCCUGCUUCUCAUCCAGUGCGCAUAUCUUCGACUGCACCAUCACUACACUUUCGGUGGUUUUGUUUCUCAACAGCGGUGAUAUCAACGUCUUGUUUAGGGGCCCCCCUGGGGGGCCCCCCGGGGGCCCCCGGGGGCCCCGUACUCCUACGGAUGCCCCCGAUGACUUUCUGCGAGAGCUGUUAACUGCGCUGCGAAUUUUAACUCAAGUUGUGCGGCUGGUGCCGCUAGCGAUGCACCAAAGACGAGCAAAGCUUCCCCGCGACGGGGUCGACUUCUCCCGUUUGGAUUCGCACGAUGACCUUUAA